GAGCCCUGACAGGACGCACCCUUUCCGUAUUUCUGCUCAACCACCGACCGCACGCCCCUCACUUUGCGUCGCCGUCUCUUUCAUUCAGUCUUGCGCGAGCGGCCGAAACGGAUCGCAACAUAGCAACAUUGUGCAUUUCAACGUAUGGCAGGGAAGAUGAGACGCUUCGCAGCCUUGUCUACCACACUCGUCGCGCUUUUGUGUCUGAGUUGCACGACAACUUCUGCCACCGCAAUGGCGAUCUUUCACGGAGUAGCAGCGCAAGAUACGCUGUAUCUAGGUCGUCCAAGCUUUCCGAUCAUCAGCCGCGUUAGAGGUCUCUUUAAGUCGAAACCCUCGCUACAGUACAACAAGCUCGACACCUUGCCACGCAUGCAUCGCAUGUCGGACUCGUUCAGACUAGAGGACUCGCACCACGCGCAGGCGAAGGCAGCGAGCGAGAGGUCGGCUAAGGUGAAGAAGAAAUUCACCAUCUGGCGUGGGCAAUUCACUCGCAAAAGCGCAGCUGGUGCAGUGAGCGGUCUGUUCGGUACGGUCAGCGCUGCCAACGCGGUUGGAGCAUUGUGGGAGAAGCUCAUAGCUGAGCCCACGCAGAUGUCUGGUCAGCGCGACAGAAAAUCAUCCAUCCCUAGCGAGAGACGAUCUUUUGGUCCUGCAAGGCUCAAAGUCAUCAAUGCAAGCUCCAAAGCUCUACGACCUAGAGCGCUAGAGACUGGAGAAGUGCUCAGCGUGAGUCGGACUGCAAGCUGCUGCGCAUGUGCUAGGUACCCGUCAUGAACAAAGUGUGAAGCCCCCCAUUUUCCGCGCCCCAAACUCCCAUUCUGUCCCCACAGUUCCUCGACGAUUAUGGAAAGAUGACCGCAAGCACCGUCGCGUUGGUAGGUAGCUCAGGUGGACUGUACUACAGCGC